GCUUAAUUGUCCUGUGAAUUCCUGCAGAUGCCUGCUGAUUUAAGCAAGUUUGCCAAUUGGUCUUUUCAGAUUCCCAAGAAAAGAAGUGAUUUUCCAAUAUCUUUCUGUAUUCAAAAAGGCACAUUUCAUAAGCAAGUUCAAGUGUUCUUGCGGCUUCGGUUUUGCUCAUGAGUAACCUAAUGUAAUAAUGAUUUAAUGAAAAAGGAUUUCCUCCUUAUUUCAGGUUGCUAGUAAUGGAAUCUAUGGCUCCUUCAGGAGACAUGUCCCGUCCACAUCACAUUGCAUCAGUUGUUCCAAACCGGUAUCCCCGCUGGUUCACCCUAAGUCACAUCGAAUCCCAACAGUGUGAGCUGGCAUCAACCAUGCUAACAGCAGCCAAAGGUGAUGUUAGGAGGCUGGAAACAGUGUUACAAUCCAUCCAGAAAAAUAUCCACUCCUCAUCACACAUCUUCAAACUUGCCCAGGAUGCAUUUAAAAUAGCAACACUCAUGGAAAGCUUGCCAGACAUCACUCUUCUGAAAGUUUCUCUGGAGUUGGGCCUUCAG